CCAGACCCGAGAGGCGAAUGAGCGCGGCCGUUGUUGCGAGGUGGGCUGUGUUCCCGGAAGCGGGUCGAAGGGAGCUCGGCGGUUCUUGCGCGCUUAGCCUUCUGAGGGGGCUGCUGCAGUAUGACCCUUCACUGACCCUCUCCGGAAGAAGCACAACUUCUCCCCUUCAGUUACUCAUGUGCAUUCUGUUCUUUAAGUUUGACCCGCGACCUGUUUCCAAAAAUGCAUACAGGCUUAUCUUAGCAGCUAACAGAGAUGAAUUUUAUCACAGACCGUCAAAAUCAGCUGACUUCUGGGACGGCAGCAAUGAGAUCCUCAGUGCAGGUUUGGAUAUGGAGGAAGGAAAAGAAGGCGGGACGUGGCUUGGAAUCAGCAAGAAAGGUAAAUUGGCAGCCCUGACGAACUACAUGCAGCCAAAGAUAGACAAGAAUGCAAAAGGAAGAGGUGCCCUCGUGACAAAUUUUUUGACUUCAGAUCUGGACAGUUAUUCUUACUUGAAGAAAGUGGCCUUAGAAGGACACCUUUACAAUGGAUUUAAUUUAAUAGCAGCAGACUUGAACACCACCAAAGGAGAUGUAAUUUGGUAUUACGGAAACAAAGGCGGCCCAGAACCUGUCUUCUUAAAUCCCGGGGUAUAUGGCUUGAGCAAUUCUUUGCUGGAUACACCAUGGAAGAAGCUUCAGUAUGGAAAGCAGCUUUUCACGGAUGUCAUCAGGCACAGCCAGGACCUUGUGAAGGAAGAUCUGGUGCAAGAGCUCAUUAAAGUGAUGAAUAACCAAGACCCUCAGCUGCCAGAUCCCGCAAUUGAGGAUCAAGGAAAGGACUACAUCCUCCCCAUCUUGAACAAGUAUGCAGCUGUAUGUGUUCGCUGUCCUGAUUAUGGAACCAGGACAAAUACAGUUAUUCUCAUUGAUGCAGUCGGUCACGUCACCUUCACUGAGCGCACCAUGCUGAACGCGGACGUCGACCAGUGGAAAACGAGCACCUACCAGUUCAAACUGCAGAUUUGACAGCUCUCCAUGUGAAUGGGUCACACCAAAAAGUGGAGAAGGGGAGGUUGGCAAAGUGCAGUCUAUUGAGCUGUAGGGGUGCAGAAGGCCUUGGCUGCAGCUUUCAUACAGCAAAGGCUUGUUGAUUGCUGCGUAGCACGCCCUAGCGACCACCAAAACCAUUUAUUUAAUUUUUUUGCACAAAAUCCAAAACAGAAAAAUCUGAACAGGAAAAGCUGGGCUGUAUUUAAGAAGCAAACCACGUUUUGCACAAGUGUACAUGUUUGACUUUUGAAAGGGAUGCUGUCAGGUAACACAGUUACGUGGCGCAAGUAUUUAACUUGAGAAUCAUGUGUGUGGAAGGGGAUAUAUAGGAACUGUGGAUAAUCAUGGACAGCGUUUCCUGUUUGCUCAGUCAAAGGGGGAGGCAGAGUUGGUAAACUUAAAUGCAAAUCUGUAAAAAAAAAAAGGAAAAAAAGGGCACAAUUCAGAAUUGGUGAUAUCCUGCUAGUUUCAGUCCACUGGCAUUGGAUUACUCCUGCCCACGCAGAGCUCAACUUUCACAGGAACUCCCCAUUUUCUCACUCUGUGUGUGCUUUUCCCAUUGGGCAUUCAGAGUUGGCCUUAACAUUGAAGUGAAUGGGAUAGUCUCUUCUCCCACACAAACCCUACCUAUAUGUUGACAUCCUGAUGGAACUUCUUCAGUAAGCCAGCCCCUGCCCCCCCCCCCGACUGCUGAAAUGAAUUAGCCUAGAAAGGUUAAAAUCAACAUACUUUGAUUUUAACUCUUUUGUCAAGCAUUUCUAAGUUAAGCGUGUCUUUGUAAAA